AUGGCUCACGGGGGCCCACAGCAUCAUGUCGCUCCCCAGACAAGCCGCCGAUCAUCACAGUCAAGCGACGACUCGGAUGACCAGAGCGUGUCUGGGGGUCUUCAAGGACUCCAGCAUGCAGACUCAUCUCGCAAAACCUCCAUGAACAGGAUGAAGAACUCAACCGUCGCCAUUCUCAUGCCGAAACUUCGAAAUUGGUCUCUGCAUUCCGUGGGAUUCUCUACCAAAUAUGUGUACAAGCACGAAGAGCAGCUGAUUGCCUUCCUCAAGAUGUGGAAAACAUACGUCAAACAGUUCGGAGGGAACCACUCGCGGCUGGGGCUAGAGGUGGAGCCUAAGGUAGGACAGGUCGUCUAUCCAACAGCUGAUGCAGAUGAGUCCGUCCACACUGAUGCACAUGAUAUGGCCGGGAAGAUUAGUAAGAUUGAGCAGCAGCACGAUGCUCUGUGCUGCUGGGUAGAAUGGUUCUACGAUGGGAAAGAGUACGGUCCUUACGAGCUCCCAAACAGGAAGAGCUCUUGGCUCUUACAAACAAAUAAUGACAGCAGUCGCAGGUUCACCUUCCUGUUUCUUGCGAGCGAUUCAGAUAUGAAGGUCAAACCAUAUCCUCUUCAACUAGCAACUACGGAGCAAACACGGGAGGCUCAAGAGCACGUGAGCUCCAAGGAGAUCAUGCAAACGAUCAUGCAGCGACAAGACUCGAUUCAUCACUCCGAAUCAGACUCCGAGGAGUCUGAGGCUGAUGGCGCGAGCAAGCAGAGCACGCAUCACCCCCCCUCAGACGUCCCGAUGACAAUCAGCAGAACAAGCAGCACUGGCUACACCUUGAGUGCCCUCCUCAAACGUACAGAAUCGUCCGCCAUGGGGCCUCAGGGUCCUCGAUCGCCGUUUCCUGCUCCAUCCCCUCUGCUAUAUCGCACUCCGAGCAAGAGUACGUACGCAGCAUCUGCGUUUGAGCGGAAGCAGUCGUCUUCUAUGUGCAGCAUGCGGUCAGACCCUGACAUGUCAGAUCCUUCUACCCUAGACAGAACGAACAGCACGAACUAUAUGGAAUCAAUGAUGGAAGUGUUUUUACGCCAGGAGGAAGCCAUUGAACAAUACGCGAGAAAGAUUGUUGUCCAGCGAUUUCUCAACGAUGAAUUCUUCAGAGAGACGUUUCCAAUGCCUGCGAAAAAGAAAUACAAAGAGAUGCUACCUAAACAGCGUGAAACAAAACCAUCCAAGCCAAGCAUGACCUCAAAUAGAACAUCGCAAGAAGUCUCAACAACGUCUCAGCACCUUCUUUUCUGCAGAUACUUGAAUGCCCUUGAGAUGACUUGCCUGUCAACCGUCCUCCGCGCGACGAUAAAGAAGCAUUGGAAGGCAAUCUUCGUGAGCCCCUAUUUGAAGCAGCACAAUCGAUCGACUGGGCAUAGAAACAUUCCCCUGAGAAAGGCACUGCAGAAGAAAGAUUGUAAUGCGAUUCAUGUCAAAGAUACUUGGAAGGAAAGUGAAAUCCGUUUGAUUCUUCAUGAAAUCAACCUCUCUAUAAAGGAUCAGGGAACAUUCUUGACAAGUCUUUCCAUGCACCGGGUUGACCUGGGAGUGAAUGGAAGACUGAAAUCUCUCUCAAUCAUUCAAAAUGGUGUUUCCAACUAUGGAGCUUCACAAACAAGCAAGCAUCUCAGGCGCAACAAUCUAACAUUUUUGAAUCUGUCACAUAACAAGAUGACUGAAGAGGGCCUUGAAACUCUAUCCAGCCUUUUCAAGGAGAACAGAGAAAUUCUCACUCUGACCAUCAGCGGGAACUUGAUACCAACCAACACACAAAUGGUGUUUCGAAGAGGAGAGGACGAGGGCUCGGAUGCGCAUUUUUACUCGUCCAAUCAACGUGAAGACGGCACGAUGAUCGACUUGACACCCUCGAAUCCCGCCGAGGUUCUCAUCUCCAAGAGCUCAGUCCAGUUCAGCCCCACCUACUCCGAGGUAUCAACAACCGAGCUGCAGAAACUGAAGAGCUUUAGAGAGAGGUUCAUGGAAGAAGCAGCUCUGUGCGAAAAGGAGGUUGUCAAGGGCAGAGAGAACUUGAGGGAGAAGCUAAUGGAAGAGACCUUGAUCGACCUCCACUCCAAGAGGAUGGAAGGAGAGAGGACUCAGAAAGUUAUUACACAGGCCAAAGACAGGAAGGAAGUCAUACUCUCAAAGCUGCAAGAGAUCAAUGACCAGAAGCGUCCGCUGUGGAUGAAGCAAGACGAGCAUCUCAAGUCUGAGUUGAACUGGCUAGAAGCUGAGAUCAACCGACGGGAAUAUUCUCAGAAGACAAGCGUUCAAGACUUUCAGAAGUAUUCUUUGGAGGUCAUGUUCCACCGGUCGGUAGUCAUCGACCAGACAGUCGAUGCGAUCAAGUUGACGAAACGAAAGGAGCCACCCAAGGUUGUCCUGUGCUGUCCGCAGAUGUCUCCUGACCAGUCGAGCGCUUCUGACGACCACAAGUAUGUGCACCAGAGUUUUUGUUUCGAGACGAGCAAGCAGUUUUCAGGCGUUGUCAGUGACUCAGGGCGAAAUGUUCGAGCUACAUCACCUGUGACUCAACCUGCCUCGCUCGUCAUUCUUCCUCAUAUCAAGUUGGGCUUUCUCUACCAACUCAGACUGCAAAUCUUGCAUCUUGGAAAGGACUCAGAUAUAAUCUUACACUUGUGCACUAAACCUCUCAAGCACAGAACUUGGAGAGGGCUGAUAAGCUUGAUAACCUACCACAUCGGGCAAUGCCAUCUCCUGGCUGAAUCUGCCGCGCAAGUCUCAUCGCAGGGAAGGUUUGAUAGCUACGAUGGAAUGGUAAUCACGUGCAUCUUCGAUACCGUUAAGAGAUCAUUCACAAUGCGACAAGACGAUCAAGAAGUUGGAGAAGUGGAUAUGAACAGCGAAGAGAUGUGGACAAGAAUCAACUUCCAGGGUGGGGUCACUUUCUGCCUUGAGUUGUUGAGAGAAGGGCAAGAAGUUCGGAUCUUGGAUGGCAUACAAAUUUAA